CGACUAUUGUUCUAAAGCGCACAUUGCUCUUAGGGGCAAUAGGGUACACUGGGAGAGCUCUUAGUGUUCCUAUGACUCAGCUGCCCAACCCGGACGCUAGUUGCAAGGCGAUCUUGGAUUGGGAUCACCCCUUGAUCUCGAUUCUGUUGGUCCCAUUUGGUCUUGCCCACACUUGUGCAGACGUAUUCUAUUCUGGUCACUCCAUAUCGGUCACACUUGCUACAAUGGUCUGGUGGGACUAUACCUCGUCGAUUGCCUCGAGGCUCUUCGGCCUCUUCUGGGGCCUCUUUACUUUGCUGGUGAUAAUGAGCACACAUUUCCACUACACAUUGGACGUGGUGUAUGGUGUGGCCGUAACGUUCAUUGCAUGGCGUUUGUAUCACUACGCGAUGAAA